AUGAGUGAUGAGGACUCUGAGACCCCUGCCACCGAGUUACAGGGGGGAGAGGAGAACGAGCUGCCUAUUAUCCAGCUGUGUGGGCUGGUGGAAGAGCUCAGUUAUGGAAACUCUGCUCUCAAAACUGAGACAGAGAUGUUUGAGAAAUAUUAUAAUAAACUGGAGCCCAGGGAUCAGCAACAUCCACGGUUAUCAGAAAUUAAAAUCACAAGAGCAGAAUUUGCACAGUUACGAGGCAGGUACAGAUCCAAAUCCCGCGUAGGUGUGGACCGUGCGAUAGGCCUCAGUUACGACCAAAAAUGUGAGCUUGUACUAAAGGAGCUGGAUGACAUGAAGGAUGAAAUAAGGCACAUGAGAGCAAAUGCUGAACGAGAUCUGCAGCACCAUGAGGCAAUCAUUGAGGAAGCUGAAAUGAGAUGGGUUGAAGUCUGCAGAGCAGUGCAUGAGUUUAAAAAAGAUGUUCUAAAAACUAUAUCCAAGAAGAAAGGGAGUAUUUUGGCCACUCAGAAAGUGUUGAAGUACAUUGAGGACAUGAACCGCCGGAGAGAUAAUAUGAAGGAUAAAUUAUGUUUGAAAAAUGUUUCUCUCAAAGUGCAGAGGAAAAAGAUGCUUUUACAAUUGAGGCAGAAGGAGGAGGUGGGCGAGGCCCUCCAUGACGUUGAUUUUCAGCAGCUGAAGAUCGAGAAUGCUCAGUUUUUAGAGACCAUUGAAGCAAAGAAUCAAGAACUGAUCCAGCUAAAGCUGGCAUCUGGAAACACCCUGCAGAGACUCAAUGCAUACAAAAGCAAGCUACAGCAAUCAACGGAAAUGUCCAUCCAUCUGGACAAGGAGAUCUUGCUGAGAAAUGAGUUACUUGAGAAAAUUGAAAGCGAAACCCUACAAGCAGAGGAGGACCGGGCCAAGGCUGAGGCCGUGAACAAGAGACUCCGCAGACAGCUGGCUGAGUUCCAAGUGCCGCAGGUGAUGGUGUACGUGCGGGAGAAGAUCCUAACUGGGGACCUGGAGAAGACCAUCAAGAUGUGGGAAAGGAAAGUGGAGAUUGCAGAGAUGACCUUAAAAGGCUACCGCAAGGCUUGGAAUAAAAUGAAAACCACCAAUGAGCAUUUGCAGGCAAUUUGCCCCCCUGGGAAGUAG